GGAGGGGGGGGCAGUCCAGCCCAGGGCGCACCACGUGACCCCGGCUCGCGUUGGACGAGGGGGCGGUCGCGCGAGCGCGGCGUCUGGCGUCAGAAAGCGCGCGGUUUCUCCGCACAGCGACGCAUUCGUCGCCGCGUUUACACACGGAUUAAUUGCCUCAACAUUAACCUGGGGAGAACAAAAAAAACACAACAGACAUGCUGGCGUUACAUUAGGAACGUCGCCGGUGUUUACAAUUAAACCGACGCAUUUCUUUUUAUUUUUGUGAGAGGAUUGAGAGAGGUUGGGGUGGUGGGGGGGGGUUGUUCAGUGUUGGCCGUAGAGCGGCCACAACGGCCAGCGGCUACCCUCAAGUUGCCGCGCGGCAUCAAUCGCGAAAACAAAAACAUCUCAAAUAAAACCGCAGCAAUUACACCGCAGGAGCACGAUACAACUGGCGAAGGAAGACGUGUGGGGAUUUUCGUUUUCUUUAUUUCUCAUUACUUGAAUCGAAAACGGAGCUGAGAUAACGGGCUAUGGAGACGCUCAUCGAGAAGCAGUGCGGCGCGCUGGAGGGUCUCUUCCAAGCCGUCAUCAACGACAUGAAGGGCAGCUACCCAGUUUGGGAAGAUUUCGUCAACAAAGCCACAAAGCUGAACUCACAGUUGAGGACGACGACGGUGGCGGUGGUGGCGUUUCUUGAUGCGUUUCAAAAGGUGGCAGACAUGGCGACCAACACCCGAGGCUCGACGCGAGAGAUUGGCUCGGCCCUCACCAGGGUCUGCAUCAGACACCGUAGCAUCGAGUCGAAGCUCAGACAAGUGUCAACAGCCCUAAUGGAAAGUCUGGUCUCUCCGCUACAAGAAAAAAUUGAGGAUUGGAAGAGGAGUGCUAACCAGCUGGAUAAGGACCAUGCCAAAGAGUACAAGCGUGUACGACAAGAGAUUAAGAAGAAGUCUUCAGACACUCUUAAGCUGCAAAAGAAAGUGAGGAAAGGUGAGAAUGACGCUCAGGGCAAAGGUGUGGAUGUGCAACCCCAACUGGAGCUGGCUCUGCAGGACGUCAACGACUCAUACCUGUUGUUGGAGGAGACGGAGAAAGGCGCCGUGCGCCGUGCACUUAUCGAGGAGCGCGGCCGCUUCUGCACCUUCGUGUACCACCUGCGGCCCGUGCUGGACCAGGAGAUUUCCAUGUUGGAGGAAGUCACUCAUCUGCAGACCAUAGUGCAGGACCUGACCAACAUGACCUCCGAUCCUCACAGGCUGCCCCCAGCCAGUGAGCAGGUAAUUUUAGACUUGAAGGGCUCGGAUUUCAGCUGGAAAAUCCACACCCCGCCCGCCUCGCCGAGCCUCACAGCUUCCUCCCGCCGCUCUAGCGUCAGCAGUGUGGCCCCUCCAACGCACCUGAGCAGCCGUUUCUACAGCGUGUCGUCCCGUGACUCUGGAUUCCCAGCCGCUGACGCCGCCUCCCUCACUCCCCCCGACACUCAGACAAAAGUGCCUAGCCCGGCGUCGUCCGACACCUCGGAGGCUUGCCUCUCCACCAGCGACUGUAGCUCGCCAUCCUCCACUAGCACUGGCUCCACGCAGGGCGCCGCACUCAAGGCGGACAAGUCGCUGUGUGGCUGUGACCGUGGCCGUGAGUUUGAGCCCGCGGUACCUCCGCCUCCCGCGGAGCCCGCGCCAUCCAUCAUGCCCAUGCUCCACCACCCCCGCUCGCUUGCCCACCGGCCCGCCUCGCUCGCCUUCCCUCCCUACCAUCACCAGCACGCCGCCCGCAGCCCACGUGCCUCAUACCACCAGCGCAUUGCGUGCAAGGAGUGGAGCAAACAGCCGAGCCCCUACGAGCAGCCGUCGUCCUCUGCCACGCUGCCACGAACGAUUGCGGAGACCGAGACGGAUUCGCGCUGUGCGGUGAUGACGGGGCCACCCACAGUGCCGCAGCCCGGACGGCAGGGCCCCGACACACCGCGGCCACAGAGCGUCGCCUUCCUACACGGCGGAAAGGUGGACGUGCUGGUGCCAGGUGAGCUGAGCAAGGCGCUGGUGCAGGGGCUGCAGCUGGAGAGCCAGAAGAGCAGCCGCGACUCGCUGCAGUGCUCCAGCGGCUACAGCACGCAGACCACGACGCCCACCUGCUCCGAAGACACCAUCUCCUCUCAAGCUUCAGACCAAGACUAUUUCUCGGUGAACGGCGAUGCAGACGAGGCCGACGCUUGCGGCCAGCAGCAUCUUCUGCCCCCGCCGCCACAGCACCUGCACCACCACCAGCAGCAGCAGCAGCAGCAAACGGAUGCGGACAAGUGUUGCACGGUUCCACGCGGAAGCGAGCUGGCGCAGUCGUACCGCCGAAUGUUGCAGGUGAAGAGGCCCGUUUCGACGGCCGGGCUGCCGUGCGCCAGCGGCAUGGGGCCCUCGCCGUCGUCGCCGCCCUCGCCGCACGGCGUGGCCACGAUCCGCCGCGUGCCGUCCGCAAAAACGGCGCCGAGGCCCACGGGCGGCCCGCGGCCCAUCCGCCCGCCCAGCGUGCCCGUGCGACGCACGGCUCUAAGGGUGGACGUGAGCAGUCCGGGUGUCCUGGUUCUGGCUGACGAGUCGUCGCCCCACCGCAUGGCACCCCCUGAGCUGGUGUCUCCCGAGGAGCGACUGCAUAUCGCGGCGACGCGGCGCAGCAUGACGGAGCGGCUGGGCGCCGUGGUGGUGGCGGCGCACGCGCACGCCCAGUCGCACUCACCCUUCUCCCCGUUCGCCAACACCAACGCCAAUGCCACCGGUGCCGGGGCCAUCUCGGCAACGACGUCAACAGCGGGCAGCGGCGCCGUCACGGUCACUGUCGGCGCGCACGAGGACGCACGCAAGCAGACCACGCCGCACUACCCGGUGCAGGCACAGGACAUGCUGACGGCAAUCCGCCGAGGCGUGCGUCUGCGCAAAACCUCAACCAAUGACCGCUCAGCUCCGAGGUUUUGAGCUUGGAUCACCGCCCCCCCACCCCCCCGACCCCGAUCCCAUUCCGUUCCGUUCUUUAGCUGAUUUAUUUCCCACCACCGUCCGACCGGCUUCGGAUUAAGGAAAAAAAUAUAUACGUUGAUGGUGAUGGCAACAAAUAGCCGUCAGAAACUAGAGCAAGCAACUUGUUGCAACCAUUCGACGCGGCGCCUGUCCUCGUGUUUUGUGAUUUUCUUGGAGCAGACGGUCGACACAUCCCAGUGUGUUUGUCGAUGCCUCUACUGACUGUGCUGAGCACCAAAAGAUUCAUUAUAAGCACUUACACGUGCGCGCAUGUGUGUACGGGUGGGGUAAAACAACGUUGCUUCAUAUUUACGUCGGUUUUUUUGCUUGUUCAUUUGUUUUGGAUUUUUUUCACGCUGAGUAAUGCUCGCAUGUUUUUGUUCAUAGCAUAGAGGACGUUUGUAUAAUUAAUACUGUAAUAUCGACUAACUUUAAGUAGUUGCAUCAAUUAUAAUGGUUCCUUUCUCUACUUUUGCGCUGGGCGUUUUGGAAGACAACAUAAAUAUGCUCGUUCACAAGUGCAGAGCGCGUUGCACGUUUAGAAUGUGGUCAACGGUCACAGCUCGAAAGCCCCUGGCACUUGCUGCUGGUAUUGCUUUGCCAUUUCACACUGCCUUAAAUUGUAUGGUACCUGGCAGAAGUGGGAAAAGGUGAGGCACGGUACUGUGCAGCACAGAGUGUUGCACCAGCAGCACCAAGAAAGCGUUGCGAGUCGAAGGGAAGAUUUCAAGCGAGUGUAAUGAUUUUCAUUUCCCAUUCAAGUACACGUUUUUUGUGAGGGGGCUUUUUGUCGGCAAUUCCAGGCCUCUUAAUAGCAGCUUAUUUGGGAAAGACCAGAGAGGCUGGGUCUGCGGAUUCACUGAGGCUUCCUGCUGUUCAAAAAGUGUAACGUUCAGGUGACGUUUGUUCAAUCACACUCCAGCCUGGAUUGAGGAGAAUGGGAGGAGCCCGGAGCUGAGGGGUGGCUGAUGCUUUGAAGGAUUUGUCUCCCAUUUUGGAGAUAUUUGGAGCACAGUGCACGCUAUGCAUGUUCACCUACCGUAAACAUGCGUGAAAGUCGCACAGUGUGCGCACGGCGGUGGUGAUAAUGUGCAGGCUUCGAUUAAAUUCCGGAUUAAAUUUCAACCACCGCUUGGUCAAAACACCCUCUCCCAAACUCCAGAUGGAGCGCUGCCACCUUAUUCUGUACUUUUACCGUGGUGGAGAUGCUGCAAUGAACAUUGCUCGUGCAGCAUUAAUGUGACUGUUAAUUCAUUGCACUCGUUCUCUCUGAGCGAGCCUCCCCAGGUGCUGAGCACAAACCAGUCCCGUGGCAAAUAUAAGCCUUACACCAAUGUUACAAUUCUUGGAAGUUGCCGUUGAGUGCAUUUUUAGUUAAUUAGUGCACAAACGAAACCUACACGGUGUGUGCAAGUUUCACAACGUCUUGUUUGUAUACGUGGGGUUAUUUUCCGGUUCCUUUAUAUUUGCUUUUCAACCAAAGCCCCUAGGCUUACGAUGUGAUUAUGGAGCAGCGGUCAAUAAUAAGAAUAUCUUUUCAGACAUCGCUGCAAGCGACUGGCUUUCCCAGUGGCCAUUCGAGCAGAAGAGUGUAACAUCUUUGCUAUUUUCUGAAGCGCUUUCAUGAGGUUUUCUUCCUUCGCAACAAAGGUCACUAACUCCCAAAUCCAGCCUCGCCACUGCCAAUCCAGCCUCACUGUUAUUGUUCAGCCAUGCCCAUAUCACAGCUGUUUCUCUGCCUGGCAAUGUUUUUUACAACAAGUUACACAGUAGGUCCACUAAGUAGGUCACAUCGUAAGCCUCCUGGGGCUUUUAAUUGCACUCACGGUUUUUCCUGCGGCAUGUUUACCUAAGGCUUUAACGGUCAAAUGCUCGUUCUCUUUAAUCAACAUAAUUUACAAGUGACCUGACAUUCUUGCUUCCUAACUGGAAAUGACAGCUCCCUUUUGGGGGCGGUGGGGAGUCAUCGACAACAGCAUAUACCGUAUUUGCAUUCUGGAGGCUUCAGAACAUUACGAUACACGCGAGCUGUAAUUGCAGAGUGUGUUUAUACGCAUGAGCCCAAACAGAAUUGGCUGCGAAUAUAGCACUGAACUAGGCCAAUAAAAAGGGACAUUCGCUGUUCUGUGAAAGAUCAAUUAUUCUGGAAAGGCUCACCAAGUCUGUACUCUUCUUCAUUUGGGUCCUGAAUUGGAAUAUUUAUCCUAUAAUUUUAAUGACCGUAUUGUGGCUGUAAGGGGACACUGGAAUACCCAAAGAAACCCCCACGCAUGAGGGGAUAAUUCUCCAAGGACAAUACUCUUUAAUAAUACUCGACCAUCUCCUGGCCACUUUUAUGCCCAUUUGGUUUGAGAGGAUCACAAAUUUAUAACGGCAAAAUAAUUGCAUCUGAAGGGAUAUUUUCAUGGAUGUUUUGAAUAUAAUCAUUUGAACUAUAUGACUGCAAAGGCUUUAUUGCAAGCAAGACUAAAAUAAACUGCUCUGGUUCGCCGUGUAGGAAAUGAAGCAUACCUGAGGAUCCAAGUCAGCUGAUGUGUCUCCAGGUGAUCUGAACAUGUAUGUUGUCGGUGGUCACGUAGAAAGAAAGCCUUUCAGCCCGCACGGUGCAGUUACCAACAAGUCAAAUGUUGCGAGCAUUGGUGGGUGAUUUUGUCACAGAUAGACAUUUAUGUACUUAAGCAGCUUGUCAGGUUGAGCUUUUGUUUUUAUUAAAGAUGACUAAUGGUAUAUUGACUCUAAAUAUGACCAGAAGUCAGUUGCAGGUUUUUCUUGUUUACCAAUCAAAAUACUAUAACAGCGUUUAUAUGUGCAUUCCACAGUUUACGCACGCACAGUGAGAAAGCGACAGGUUAAGCUAAAUGGUGAUUCAACCCUCCCACACCCAAUGCCACAGGUGCCGUUUUGCCAAUAUCAAGUCAUUAUUGGUUGCUCAGAAUCACGUUCAAGCAGCCCUACAGAAAAAAAACGACGCCGCCACCGCACGUGGGCGUUUGAUGUCACUCCUCCAUGAGUGUAACCACGCCCGCGUUCAGUGUAGACCAGUGAUUACUUGAAGCCAGGCCUCAACACCGAUUCGUGAGAAAAUCAGCCCAGUAUAGCUGCAAGUUUCAUAACAAUUGUCAAAGACGAAACAUCUCCAAAGAAAAAAAAUCUAAAUGUGCCCCAUGAGGUGUAUUUUUUCCUUGAAAUUCAAAACGAGUGCCUCUGCACAGGAGCCUACUACUGUCGUGGGCAUGGUGAUGUUUACUUUCCAAACCUGAGCGUGGUCCUGCAGGUUUUGAAAUAUUUUAUUACAAUGGAGACCAAUCUGUUUACCAUGAAAUUACUGCUCCUUGUCUAGCGAUGUCAAAGUGUCUCCAUAUUUAAAUGAGCAUUGAGGCAAACUGUAUUGAUGGUGAAAACCUUGCAUUGCUUGCACUUCUCAAAGUGGUAUUAAUUUUAUUGACCCCCAGGCGCAUGAUGGGCUAACUUGACCCCCCGAUUUGUUGUUGAAUUUUCAGAUUUUCAGAUGCGAGCCGGGCAUUGGCACGGCACCACCUGGCUGGUUAACAAUUAUUUUGUGUCCCCUACUGGCAAAUUCAUUUACUGACAACCCCCCAACCCUUUCCCCCUACCAUUUCCCCCUACCAUUACACUCAACUGAGAUUCAGAAGGACAGUGGAAAUAUUAUCUUGUUUGAUUUCAGAAUACUGUAAUUAUAUUCACAUGCUUCCCUCUAAAACAAAGUAAUAUACAUUUUCUAUAUUCAAACAGAUACUUGAUGUAAUACCCAGCAUGUUGAAGAGAAGUUGCUAUCAUUGACCUCGUAAGUAACGCUGUUAGAAGGCAGUGAACUGUGUUGUGCGAUGAAGACUGAGUAGGGCAAUGGUUUACACUUAUAAAACUUUCAACCGCCUCGGAUGUUACACACGUGUACAAAUAUUUUGGUGCAUAGUAGAAUUGAGCUGUUUUUUGUUUUCAAUUUUAAUGCUUAGUUCAUGUUGUUUAUCGGUUUGUUUAAAAAGUCUGAAACAAACUAAAACAAUAACAAUUGAGCUCCACAGCAAGAAGAUUGGCUGGACCAGCAUUGAAAGAACAUUUAAUUUAUAAAGUAAUUUCGUUUUAUCUUUUUUUAUGACAAUAGUGGAUAUUCUAAGAUUAAGCAUAUUUUAGUACGUGUAAUUUCAUGAUAUCGGUAUUUGAACGUGUCUCAAUCUUUUAAUAUUUUGAUGUUUUUUACGACAUUUUUGUCUUUGUUUUCUUUUCUCUCAAUUAUCCGAGCUUGUCUUUGACUUAACUCUUUUUGACAUUUACACAUUUUACAAGAACUUGAUAAUAAUAUUCUCUCGUGCCAAAACUAAAAAAAUAUAAUCUGUAAACAACACUUUGCACCCUCCCAGGCUUGGAGACGAAGAUGAUGAUGAUUGAGGUGUAAAUGGCACCAAGCGUUCUGUAACAAGUUUUCACCGACCUCUCAGGCUCAUGGAAGGCCAGGUGGCCAAGUAGAACAGCCAUCUGUAGUCCGCUGUAAACGGCAUGUCAUAGUGCAUGUCAUAGUGCACGCGUUGCUUAACAUCUGUGCUGACUACUCUUCCGCAAACAACACUGCUCACUGAUGGAGGGUCUGUGGCUUUUUCAGAGAACACCCAAAAUACUGGUUUGGGAACUCUUGAAUUAUUUUAACAGUACUCCCACGGAUGCACAUACGUAACAAAACAAACCGUUCAUAAAUUUUGAUUUAAAGAUUUCGUCACUGCAGGGAUUCAUAUUCUUGGUUCUUUCGGUAAAGUGUUUUUUUACCGAAAGAACCAAGAAUAUGAAACCCUUCAUAGUUGUAGUGGUCACACCUUAAGCAAGACGUCGCCUUGCGUGCUGUUCAUGACAUUGUACUUUUUACGCCACUCCCGAGUCAAGAACUGUUGUGUGAAGAGAGCAGUAAAAUCCUUGUGACCCACGUGCCCCGUGUGCUGGGAAUACCCAAGGCGGAUCGAUGUAGUGCAGGACUUGAUACGUUUGUGAGUGCGUGCGGACGUUGGCAGUUGUCGCAUUGCAUUUAAGCAGCGGCCUGUGAGGAGCAGAUUGUGUCAGGGAUCUUGCAGGCUUCAGUCCUCAAGACCUCAUACGCCGCUCGCUCUCACAGUUGGACAAGUGCCUGACUUCAUGCAUUGUGUCUAAAUGUUUUGGCUGAAUUGGAUAUGGCACAAUGUUGAGCCAUGGAUUUACAUAGCAGGUAAAAUGAUACUGUUACAUUUGUCAUUAAUUUACUUUGUUCACGUGAGAACCCAUUUACAAAAGUCUCUUGAGCAAGGAAAAUGUAAAGCAUGAUUUAUGCAUUGGUAAAAAAAGCAGUUCCCACCAAAUUUGGUUUUUAAAUAAUGGCUAGGAUGUUUGAACAAAAAAUGCCAAACUUCUUUCCCAGCAAUAUAUCAUGCCUCUUGGUAUAACGGGGAUUUUCACUUUCUAAAUGUCAAGCAUAGAGCAUGGUACAAAUGUAAGGUUGGUAAGGAAAAUUUUAAGUUGUGUAAGGGUGAACUCGCAAUGUGGCAGGACCAAGAAUGUCCGUGCAUGCUUACAGAACCUAAGAGCUAUGUUUGGCCGGGUGUGAGGUGGUAAAUUGGUUACAAGUGGUGGAAGAACUUUCGCCAUGUGAAUCGACUUGUAAGAGAUGGGACAGUCUAGUUCCAAGUAGUCUAUGGCCAGUUGCAUAAAACACCUUAUUAAAACACUACUUAUUGUCUUCAUGCCUGUCGGUGCCGGCAUCGAUCCCAUUAUUUCCAGUCGGCGUAUCCUUCAUAUAUGGCUCCUACAGCGCCAACUUUCGCAAAGUGCAGAGGAGUCUGAUGUGCAGACGAUUUUUCAAUCAUAUGUGGGUGCAGUGAUAACAAAAAUACUAUAAUACAGUUGGUUCGAAAAAGUUAACAUUUACUUAAGCCCAUAAUCCUAUUGUCCUACAACUCUUGAUGGAUGGGUGGGUAUUUGCGGGGUGGAAUUAAUGCCAAGAAAAAGGACUGGUAACCCGAUACGGAUAAAGUUGGUUUUACUGUGCGGCCAACCUGCAAAACAGCUGUCAGGAUCUAUCUUUGUUGAGAUUGCUCGUUACGUGUAGCAGUGGAUAAAUUAAGAAAGAAGAAAACACGGAACUGAAGGUGUUUUAUGCAAGCUGACUCGUGCGUGUAUGGAGUCAUAUCAAGACGGGGCAUGACAGCAGGACAUUCAAUGAAGCUUGUAUAAUGUUUUGUUAGCCACUGUUGUCGCUUAACCCGAGAACCGACGUGUGUCAAGCAAGCACAAUAAUAUAGAGACAAAGCAAUCGCUCAUGCCCACGCUAUUUUGCUAAUCUCAACAGUUGGUGGACGAACGUUGGCUGACCUAUAUCUUAUUCCUCUCUCCCCUUACACCCCACCCCCCUACUCCACCCCUAAUUCCCACCUUAUGUACAGUAUAUUAUAAUAGACUAGUAGAUCAAAAUCGUUUUUUUUUAGAUGAAAAGUGUUCGCAGUGCUUCUCGCUUAAAACAGCGAAAUUAUUGAAUAAAGUUGCAGUAACGUAAAA